AAUUAUAAUGCCUGGUCUGUAUCUUUGAGGAUGCAUAGAAUAUUGCUCCAAUUCCUGGACCUGCAUGGAGCCAGCCAAGGCAGGGGGGAGCCAGGAGCCAGGCCACCUGCCUGCCUGCACUCUGAUGGUUGCUGCUGCCUCCUGGUCCCAGAGGCCAUUUUGGAGACAGGUGGUAGCAGAGUGAAGCGGCACUGAGCUGUCGGAUGUGGUCCACACUGUACUAUUUAGUUAGGCUUAACCACCUAAUGACUUGACACCAAUGCCUCCCUACUGCGAGCCACUCAUUCUACCAACCCCUCUAAGCAACUUAGAUGACAUUUUAGAUCUAAGCCCUGUGAGUUUGCUUUAUCUUCUCUCCCACCUUUUUCUCACAUCAAAAGUAAGAUAAUAGAGCAAUACAGUAAUAAAUGGUGUGUGGGAGUCCAGACUUGAAUUCAUUGCCUCCUCUAUGCUCACCACAUCCUUCUGUCAGUAAUACUGAUACAGUGAUGACGUCAACCACCGCCUAUCACUGUGUAUUCCAAUACAGCACAGCUCCUGGUGCACACACCAGGCGCUACUCUCAGUGCUGAUGAGAGCCACCUGCUCUCCAGCUCCCACAUGCAGUAUCUGCGGUCCCAGUAACCAUUUAGCCAGGCCAGCCCGGCCAGGGGAGUUUUGGAGGGCUGACAUGGACAGCUGAAAGGACGGGGCAAGAACAUCCAGUCAGAACCAAAAUGAGGAACAAACAAUGGCUCCAGAGUAUUUCCUUCUUCCUUUUAUUCCAGUACACCAUGUGCCAUGAAAACCUCACUUGUUUUGUGGACUAUGUGCAGACCCUGUCCUGCCUCCUGAGAAAUGACCUGGGUGCCAGUUCGUACAAUCUCACUGCGACAUGGAUUGAUGAGGAUAAUCCAGAAAACACUGUGGCAGCCUGCAGUCUCCUGGAAUCGUCCAGGAACACCAACCACACGGAAUACAUGUGCACUGUGGACAUGACCGAACUGCUGGCAGACAUCAGAGUCCAGGUGGAUGUCACAGAGAUAACUGACAGGCAGCACGUGAUUUCCAGAGACUUUUAUAUGAGAGAAAACAUCAGACCACAGCCUCCGUUCAAUCUGACUGCUGUGUUCACAGAAGGUUACAAUAUUUCUUGGGAAACUAUCUACCAGAACCCUCUUUUCUAUCUUUUGAAUGAGGAGCUGGAAUAUCAGCUGCGUUAUAAGAGGAGGACUGACACCUGGGAGACUCAGAAGAUUAAAUCUGUCCAUGAAGACAAGCGGACACUAGUGAUCCUGCCAUGGGAACUCCAGGGGAACACCGAGUAUGAAUUCCAAGUGAGAGCCAGGCCCCGAGAAGACAGUGGCUACUAUGGCUUUUGGAGUGAAUGGAGUUCUCGGCUGACACUGAAAACCAGCCCUGCUGGUACUUAUGCUGUGACACAGACAGCAGGCAUGGGAUGGAUGCUGUUCUUUGUUGUUGCUAUGGUGAUCACUGCCUCAAUCACAGCCUUUCUGGCCAAGCAGCAGAGCUUGUGGAAGAAGAUUGCUUGCAUCCCAGACCCGUCUGCCUUUUUCAAACCACUUUACCUGAUGUAUAAUGGAGAUUUCAAGAAGUGGGUUGGUACAUCCCAUAUGAAAAUGACCAUUGAUUUAUUUGAAUGGGAAAUAGUCCCUUCAGAAGUUCUCGAAGUUUACAGCAUGCGUCCUUCCAACUGCACCUCACAGGAGGAGACAAGGGAGUUGGAAAAUGGUUUGCCUUGCAAGCCUUGUGUGUCCUGCCUGACUGCACCAGGCCAAGACAGCCUGUGCCUCCUGUCAAGUGUGAACAACAGCAGUGCAACUCAGGACCGCUCCUAUGGACAUUUGUCCAUUGACACGGUGACAGUGGCUGGUGAAUUUACACCUUGUAACUGCCAAUGCGACUGUAACCGUAUGUACAGGGAACAAAAGCACAGUGGCAAUGAAGAUAGUGCUGAAGAAAACGGUUACCCCAAGGUUAACAUUGAUGAUGAAGACAGAAGACCAUCCAGUGCCUUGCAUCUGUCUGACCUGAGCUCACAGGACAAAAUUCUGGCCUCAGGCUCUAUGUCCACAGAUCACCUGAGGACUACAGGUGCCCCAGGCCACCGGAAAGUUGAAGGGGCUUUGGAAGGAGGGAUGGGGAGCAUCCUAGAAGCCCUUUGCUUGCAUUCUGAUCAGUGGGAUUUGGAAAAUCCAGCUUCUCUACCUUCUCCCGAUGGUGAAAGUGUGUCCUACAGUGAAGGAUCCUGUGACUUUUUCUCUCGCAGUGCAAGGCCUGGUGACAGUUACCCCAUGAUCUGCCUAGACUUGGACACUAUUGACAGUGGCUUUGUGGACUCAGACUGUGGGAGUCCCGUUGACUGUGAAUUUGAGCAAAACAGUCAGACCAGCUGUGGGUCUGUUCCUCUUGAGCAGGAGGGAGAGGACUUUCCGCGGAGCUAUGUCAAGCAGUGGGUCUCCUGCCACACCGACAGCCCUGCCAGCGGGACUCAGACAAACUGAGGACUUGAUUUUGUUCUGCAGAGCAUAAGGCCUUCUGCAUACUGUGCCAGAAGCAAAGCGUCAGCCAAAUUCAGAAGAAAAAGCAAAGUUUACUUUGUGUAAACUGUACUGCAUACAACAGAGAACUGUUAGGUCCAUAAAAAUAUAUGUCUAUUUCUACUGCCACUUAUUCUGUUUAUGUUGCAUCAAACUUGACACGAUUGUUUGUUUUUUUUUUUAAUUUUUUUUUUCAGCAUUCUUGGUCAAACCCUUACAUAAUGACCUACAAACUUCAAUUUUUUUACAGCAAGAAAAAGCAACUGUACCUUUAAAAUUGCUCCUUAGCUUACAUAGAUGUGCAAAUUUUUUUUGAAAGUAAGCUUAUAAAUAGUACAGAACUUUAAAAGGAUUUUCCCUGGCAUUCUCUCAUGACUCAAGUUGGAUGUACAUGGAAUCUUAGAAGCAUAUCUAAUGGCAAGCAUGUUUGUUACAUUAAAGUUCCCUUACCCUAUCCCAA